GGCCGUUAAUGUUUGAUUUUUACAAAUGUGGAGGAUGCUGCCGGUUCAAGUUGUCAAACAGCGGCUCGCCUCGAGUCUCCAGCCCCUUCUGGCAGCAUGACCGCCGCUCUGGUGCUCAUCAGUGGGAUGGGACGGCCGCUCGGCGGAGGAGCCUGCGCAGUGGAGCCGGGUCAGAGUUGGGUGCAGCUCCACCAGAGAAGGAAGCGGAGUUUCCGGCUGUUUGCAGCGGAGGGAGAGGUUUGCUGACGCCGCGAAACCCCGAGAAAAACGCCGCCGGCUCGGGGGGGCUAACAGUUUGUAGCAUCUGUAGUGGUCGUAUUCCUUCAUACCGGUGAUUGUGGGUUUUUUUUUUUUUUUUAAACAAACCGAGGGGGUCGGACCAGAAGACCGAGCAAAGAAGCGGCACAAGGCGGGGGUGAGCCACCAGCUACCGGCAUGGCCAGGGACUACGAUUACCUCUUCAAGCUGCUCAUCAUCGGUGACAGCGGAGUGGGGAAGAGCAGUCUCCUCCUGCGAUUUGCAGACAACACAUUUUCAGGUAGCUAUAUCACCACGAUCGGCGUGGACUUUAAGAUCCGGACGGUGGAAAUCAACGGGGAGAAGGUGAAGCUACAGAUCUGGGAUACAGCAGGGCAGGAGCGCUUCCGCACCAUCACCUCCACAUACUACAGGGGAACGCAUGGGGUCAUAGUGGUAUACGACGUCACGAGUGCCGAGUCCUUCGUCAACGUCAAACGAUGGCUACAUGAAAUCAACCAGAACUGUGACGACGUGUGCCGAAUAUUAGUGGGAAACAAAAACGACGACCCCAACUCCAAGGUGGUCGAGACGACUGACGCGCAGAAGUUUGCAGAGCAGAUGGGAAUCAACCUGUUUGAGACGAGUGCAAAAGAGAACAUCAACGUUGAAGAGAUGUUCAACUGCAUCACGGAGCUAGUGCUAAGAGCCAAGAAGGAGGUGCUAGCCAAGCAGCAGCAGCAGCAACAGAACGACGUGGUCAAACUCACCCGGAACAGUAAACGAAAGAAAAAGUGCUGCUAGCAAACUCGAAGCCAUCCACUAAAGGCCGGCUGCGUCUUUUUCUUCACACACGCAUACACACAAGAUGGGACUCGGCGCAUCUAAAUUAAAGAGCAGAUGAUAAAGAUUUAAUAAAUAUACGGUGAAAGAUUUAAAAAAAAAAAAAAGAAUAAAAUAAAUGAAAAUAAAUGUCCCCUUUGGACAAACUAAUCAUGAAGACUUAAAAAAAAAGAAAUGUACAGAUUUUAUUAGACGUCAGAUCAAGUUUUAUUUGGAAUUCAGCAGAUGGGCACUAUUGACCUGAGGUCCUCCUUUCUUAAAGGAUCUGCAAGCUGACAACUGACCACCAUAAUGCUCAGAUUUAUAUCCACGUAAUCCCAAUAUUCCUCCAUCAGUAUCUCAUCUCUCCUCCUCAUUCCACUGCACACGGGACAUUUGGAGUCGAGUCAGACUCUGCGCCUGAGGAGAAGGAGGGCUCACCUUUUUCUGGAUUUCUUUGUUUCGCUCUAGUUUUAUUUUUGGGGGGGAGGGUUGGGGGGGGGGGGUGUUUGGUUGGUUGGGAUGUUUUUGUUUUUGUUUUUUUUCUUCAUUUGAACGGGCGUCUGAAUGAGAACGGAGGUCUCGCCACCUUUCUCCAGUUUCAGCCUUUCGGACACCUGUGUUACCGCGGCUCACGCCAACAGAUCAUGAACUGCUAGGUUUUGUUUUAUUUGACAUGAUGGGGGAGAGAAAAAAAAAUCACACAGAAGAUGAUGAUGAUGAUGAUGAUGAUGAUGAUUGGUAGAUGACCUUUUAGCAAACUAAUCCGAUGGACAGAACUGGUGACUUCUCAUGUUUCGUUUCUCUUUGUCUGUGUUUUUGCCAAGCUCUUCCCACCUGUCUCCCCUCUAACCUUCAGUAGUGCUGAGCCAACGUUAAACGAUUUUAUGUUUUUUCUUUUUUUUUAAAAAAAAAAAACAAACAAAAAAAUAAAAAUGAAAAAAGUGCAGCAGAGCAGUCUAACCACUCCUGGAGCUCUGAAAGCACUGUUCACUGCAGUCUUACGACGCUUUCAGAGUUUGCUUUUAAACCUUUUCCUCCAUCGUUUCCUUUUUUUUUUUUUUUUUUAAAACAAUGAAUACUGCCAAUAUUAUAGAGAAAAAAAUAUUAGGAGCUCAGUGGCGCCUCUCAUUGGACUGUUGCCAUAUUGGCCCCUGGUUGACCAAGAGUCGGGGUGAAUCGGGGUCUGACGGGACCUUGUUGAGUCCUCAGGAAGCGCUCAGGGCUGCCCUCCCUCCCCCAUCUUUAUUCCCUCUCUGUAUCUCUGCAGCCACUGGCCUUUUUUCUCCCCUCCCAAACGCCCACAUAUCAGCUCCUCUCACCGCCAUGACGGACUCACUUCCUGCGUUGGGGGCCAUUGAGAGGCGCGUGGAGGCUCUUACCUUGGAAGCCUGCUCCUCGUAGUCGACGCGGUGACCUCCAGUCGGUAGCAGACUGUGGUUUUUGAGCAUGUAACACUUUGUUUGAAGGGGUUUGUUAAAGGUGAUGCCUGACGUGCAUUUAGACUGUCGAGGAUUCACUGUAUUUUUCUCAGCUUGCAGAAUAUCUAAACGGUCGACCUCUGUUCAAAUCUGAUGUCAUGUUUUGUUUUUUUUGGGGUUUUUUUGGCUCUCGUCUGUCACGACGCCCCGUGCUUACCUGUUCAACUGAAGUGUUACCGCACAGUGUUUUCGGCAUCCAUGGUGAGAGUGUGGCGGACAGUGGGACUGUUAACGUUAAGAACAAACGGGGAUGGACUGCAGCUCUGGAUCUCAGUGUGUUGGGGCCUGAGCGCCUUCUCCCGCUCCAUGUCCAGGGUUUGUCACAGAGUCCGAAGCAUCGCACAGUGGCUGUUACUGACAUAUGUUUCUUUAUUUUUGAAUUGGGAGAGUAGUGAAUGGAGAGAGCUGUAGCUGCUGGCUACGCUUCUGUUGGAAACGUUUAGUUUUCAUCCUCUGGGCAGACUCUGGCAGCCGGGUUGGGAUCCUGAUACACGAUGAGAGGUCACUGCGACCUCCAGGGCCUAGGAACGGAAUCAAAUCUCACACUUUAUGAUUUCUAUUCAUUACGUGUAUGUAUAUAUAAAUAUAUUUGUGUGUUUAUAUUCAAUAUAGAACAUACACACAUAAUUAGCACACCAAACUGUGCAUGUGUUUAACAUGCCCCGUGUGCUAAGGUUGAAACACACUCGUCAGCUGUGGUUUGCUGUACACUGGAGAAAAAGAGAUGUACUAUUCAUUUUUCCCGACAUGAAUUUAAUCAGUAAUAAACGUUUUAAAGGAAUAAAUAUUUGACACAAUGACUGAUCUCAUUUGUCAGUUGCUUAACUUCAUUUGAAAACCUGUGUCUUUUUAUUUUUUUUUUUUUGCUUUUUUUUUCUGUGAAUAAAAUUGAAUGGGAGGAAGUGUGUGUCGCUCUUUGAGAA